GUGCUUGAUGCCUUUUUUAACGCGAGCAUGUGAACGGAUCUCGAGACUCGACUUUUCGACUUGGAACAUCUCGUGAGAAUUAAUGUACGCAGUAGGGACAAUCGCAGAGGUGGAAUUUUAUUUUUAACGGUACGACCGUAUAUUUGUUUAUGCGAAGUUUCUGAUGAACGUGUGAUUUGUUCGUUAAUGGUUGUCGUUUUCACCGAUCAUUCGGUCGUGCCUGCCUCUGCCUGCUGCCGCGAAUGUGGAUACUUCACGGUGUGCCGUACUGCUGCUACCGCCGCUGUACGUUUGAAGUACUCUCCUCGGCUGAUUGCCUUCGGAUUUUAACAAAUCUUUCACAUUCGUGAAUGCUUUGAAACUGGUUCGUUAUUGUACCAGACUCCGCCGUGAUUGUCACUUGAUAGCAACACCCGAGGCGCCAAAGCUGUCCGCAUCGGCGCUUUCUUUAGCCCAAGUGGUAUCAAUGUUGUCUGGCAAUGGUGUGUAAGGAGAACGUAGUAUCAUGGUUUGGGAAUCUGUCCAGUUAUAAACGCAUCGAUGUCAUGUGCACAUUAUUAAAUAUGUGCCUGCCAUUUGAAGUACGAUAUCUUGGCACUUGUGUAGAGGAUAUUGGUAAACGGGAUUACAAUGAUCUUCGUGACACAGAACAUCAUGCAAACAGUGCCUCUGAUCUUGCCGAGUUAACAACCUUAGGUGUGGCAGAUAAACGCACACGAAGGAAACUUGCUCUCUAUAUGGCAUUAUUACAUUCUUGUAAUUAUGCAUGUGCUGUCAUCUUAUAUAAGAAUUUAUCAAAUUUUGACUAUCAAGAAAUCUCCAAUCUAUUAAAUGGGACCACCUUUACACCGGAUGAUCAACCUCUAGAAGAGCUACUUUUGUUGUACACAAUGGCUUUAAAUCAUCCAGCAUUUACAUAUGAGCAGAAAAGUGUUUUUGGUAACAUUUACAUUAAACUUCAAGAAGAAGAAGCUCGUUUGAAUCUCUCAAAAUCAAAUUCAUCCUAUAAACAAGCACAAGGUUGCACGCCAUGUAUAAAUACAAAUGAAAGAUUAAUGGAUACAGAAAUGCAGGGCAGUUGUAUGAUAGCUCCANUAUAUUAAUAAUUGUUAUGUAAUAUCUUUAUAGGAGAAAUGACAAUGAGAAAUAAUACCAUGGUAACUGGAGUUCCUCCUGGUCUUUCUAUGCCUCCACCUGGAUUAUGCCUGCCAACUCCAGAACAAAUGCCAAUGGGAUCAGGUGGUGCAACACAAUACCUUCAUCUUGGCUUUCCAUCAGUAAAUCAUAUGCCACCAUGGACAGGUCAGGUUAUGAUGGGGAAUCAACUGAUGUAUCACUCUGGCGACAUGUUGGCUUAUCCACCUUCCCCCUUAGUCAGCCGUCAAUCGUCACCAUCCCAGUCUCGAUCUCCUAGUCGCAGCAAUUCCCCAAUGGGUCGCAGAAAUAAUACAAUGCCGCGCACCUCUUCGCAAGUGACUCAAUCUACUUCAAAUACCUUAACAACGUCAACGAGUGCCUCUAACAGUCAGACAAGCAUCUGUAGCUCAAAUGCCAAUUCCCUUCCUCCACUUCCCACAUUGGGUACGAACAGAAGUCAUCCUAGUCAACCUCCAUUGCUUCCAUCACGCUCUGUUCCCUUGUCUAUCAGCAGUUCUACUACUUUUUCACGGCAUAAUAGCAUCGAGAAUACCCCUUCUACCUUAAUUCCGGCAGCACCUCAAUCAAAACAACCACCACCACCACGGUUGCGGUCUUCAAUUUCUGGUGAUUCUUUACGAGAAACAUUAGGAAAGGAAAUGCCAAAUUUCAAAGGCAAUUUGCAGAAUUUUUCUCUUGAUGAGAUUCGAAGAAUGAGCGAUGAGGACUUGAGAGAAAUAGGAUUAACGCCGAAUGCUGUAGGACAAUUGCGAAGUAUAGUUAAAAGUCAAACCACUAAUGGUUUAAAUCAAAUUUCCACUGACAAAAAAUUAGAGAGUACUACUAGCACAACACAUACAGUAGUAGAUCCAGCUGAAAAUGAGGCUAUACCAGGAAUGGAGAUGUUGAAUGAUAAUGGAAAUCAAAGCAGUAAGUCAAUGCCCUUACAGGAACAGCAUCCAGCGAUGCAUCAUCAUCAUAAUCAUGCAGCUACUCCUAAUUUACGGCGAUAUCCUAUGCCACCAUUAGAUCCUGCGCAAAUACAAAUGUAUCCUGCACCACCACCGAUGUAUGCUGCACAGAAUGCACCAUGUUAUGCCUGUCUUACAUUACCUGUUGCCGGGGUACAAAAUCGAUACUCAAGGUGCAAUGCUCAACACGUAUAUUGUUUAACACAAUUACAAGCCUUGAGGUUAGACCCUGAGGGCAGCAGGCAUUGUUCACAGAGCAGUAGUUCCGACAGUACUGGUAGUAGAUCUCCGCCGGAAACUCCUCCAGCAGCACCGUGGGUGAGCGGAAGUGAGAGCAAUGCACCACCAGUUACUGACCAUCUUAGCUCUGCACCAGUACAUUCUACAAGUGCAGUUUCACAUCCAGUAUCCCAACAGCCUAUACAAUCAGGCCCGGAAAGGCAACGUACUAAAAGAAAUCAGGCACAUGUGAUACGUCAUAAAAAUCAAAUGGUGAACGGCGGUGGACCCCCAAAUCUAUCACAAUGUGUUUCCUUUCCCGCGCCACCAUCGCAUUCGCAGGUCACAUAUUUGCCGCAUGGUCAUUUCCCGGCUUUGAGACCGAGUAGUGGUAUUUAUUCUAACUUCUCACAUGGACCGUAUGCAAGGCCAACUUAUCCAACUACGUAUCAACCUAAUGGUGAAAUGAUGUAUCAAUAUCCUGGACAUCCAUCUUCGGGAGGAACACCACCACCUCCACCAAAUGCAGCUACAACACCUGUUCAGACGCCAUACAUGCCACCUACUCCAGUUGUAACAUAUGCACCGGCUGCCGUCCCACCAACGAAAAUUUCGUGUUAUAAUUGUGGCAGUAGUAGUCAUCUUGCAGUUGAUUGUAAAGAUCAAACUAUGGAGGAUCUUACUAAAAAAGCUCAAUACCGUCUAGAUUAUAGUAUAAUGAAACAACCUGGAGAGUGCCCAAGUUCUGACAAGUGAUCCCCUGCCGUGGACCAUUCAGCAAUUUAUCAUUAUCAUCAUUACCGUAAUUACCGUUACCAUCAUUGUCACUAUUAUUAUUACUACGAUCCCGCCACAGCAAUACAACCUAAGUACCGUUCAAAAGAUGACUGCUAUCGCUCCUCAUGCAAGUUUUCGGUGAUUUUUGUAGACAUCCCUAAUAUUCAGGAUGACGAUUUUUUAACAAAGGAAGUUUCGCGAUUCACGGUACCAGGUAUACUUUUUACAAGUUCUUAUUUAUGAUAGUAAUUCUUAAUUAUGAUUGUAAAAAGAUGUAGCGUCAUGUACAAAAGAAAACAGAGAAGCAUAACCCAGAAUGCUCUUAUCUAUGUUUUUAGAAUACAUUUUGAAAGGUUUUUGUUAGGUAUUGACUCGUGUCUUACCCCAACGAUACCUAUGAAUUACAUAUAAACAUACACAUACAUACACACAGCACGCCUCAACCCAAUUUCUCACUAUUUCUCUAGUAACUAGCCAUAAACGAAAUACAAGAAAAAAGAACACAUUGUGCUCUGAUUAGAUGAGACUAUCAUGUUUGACUAUAUUUAUCAUUGAUACUUUUACUUCUACUAGUAUGUCUAUACUAUCACUAUUACUACUAUUACUAUUAAACUAUUACUAUUACUUCUAUUAUCGCUACUGAGCCACGACAUUUUUAUGUAUACAUAUUUUCUCAAUUCUUAUGUGCGCAAUGUUUGAACGAGUGCAAAAGUGAAUGAUCAGAGUAAGUAAAAAAGUAGAAAGAGAAAUGCACUAAGAAAGUGAGAGUAAGCAAGAAAGAAAGAAAAGAAGAAAGAAAAAAAAGACAGAAAGAAAGAAAGAAAAGGAAAGAACGAA